GUUCUUGAUAUGGUAGCUUUGCAUCAGUCAUGUUUCAUGAAACCCAAGAUCGAAAGCAAAGGGGGCUCGACAGGUUUUGCUGGGUUAGAUUUGGCUAAUCAAUCCAAGGAGCUGUGAGCAAUCCCAAAGGGUACUGUUAUUGGGUGCCCACGUUCUGACGGUGGGUGACGAAGAGUUCGAAUUGCUCAUCGAAACUUGACAAAUAUGUACACAUGUAGACUUUCCGGGGUUCAAAAUUGGAAUAAUUUGAUGAAACUUGUAUAGAAACAUGUUGUAAAGAUUCAUCAUUGAGAUGGAUGCAAGUACAGUAAAUAUGCUGUAAAGAUUCAUCGUAGGAUUAGAGUACCCACGUUAUGUCAACAUAUGCUUGUGGUUGUGGAUCAUCGCUGAGCUUGCAGUGAUAUCUGAUGAUAUCCCUGAAGGUUGAUCAAUAGGCUGUUAGUUUUAUUUGCUAUCCCUGGAUGUGCUCUGUUUGCAUUUGAGUAACAUAUUGUUUCGCUAGUGCAGCGUUGGGCACAGCCUCUGCAUUCAAUAUACUGCUCAAGAUUCCAGUGUGGGCUGGAGUUAUCCUCACAGUAUUCAGCACCCUCUUGCCCCUUGGGGUGCAGAGAUUCGGGGCCCGCAAACUGGAAUUCAUUAUAGCCGCUUUCAUGUUUAUCAUGGCGGCCUGCUUCUUCAGAGAGUGGAGCUACCUGAGGUCAUCUGCAAAAGUUGUCGGGCAUGUUUGUUCCCUUGCUCCAGGGAAAGGAUGCUGCUGCUAAUGCAAUAGCGCUCUUUGGCGCUAUCAUCACACCGUACAACUUGUUCUUGCACUUUGCCUUGUCCUCUCAAGAAAGACCCCAUGUUCGGUUAAAAGCAUCAGGGUGUAUGCUGUUGCACUGCUAGCUUCUGGGCAGAGCACAACGAUUAGCUGCACAUUCCCAGGGCAGGUUAUCAUGCAGGGGUUUCUGGACAUGGAGAUGAAAAGCUGGGUACGGAACCUCAUCACACGAGUCAUCGCCAUUGGUCCGAGCCUCAUUGUCUCCAUUGUCAGCGGUCCAUCAGGUGCUGGAAAGCUGAUCAUCAUCUCAUUGAUGGUGCUGUCGUUUCAGAUGCCGUUCGCGCUCAUCCCUCACCUCAAGUUCUGCAACAGCAGCAAGAAAGUUGGACUCCUCAAGGAAUUCAUCUAUACGGUGGUGAUUGCGUGGAUCCUAAGCUUCGCGCUCAUCGUGGACAACACCUACUUCCUGGUGCAUGUAGUGAUUGUCUGAUUGAUGAUGACCAGCUCCAUGUAGGGGCGGCUUCCAUGCUGAUGCCACGUACUCAUUGUACUAGAUGUUAUGGCUGAUAUGCGAUUUGUCGAUUGCUGUCUAGAUACAGAGCUGGUUGUCUAGCUUGUGUUCAAACCAGGCCCCGACAGGUGUUCGUACCAAA